UUGCCUGGAGGAUGCAGACGCCGGGGAGAGCGAUGAGGAUGGAGGCUGGCGAAGCAGCGCCGCCGGCGGGGGCGGGCGGCUGGGGCAAGUGGGUGCGGCUCAACGUGGGGGGCACGGUGUUCCUGACCACCCGGCAGACGCUGUGCCGCGAGCAGAAGUCCUUCCUCAGCCGCCUGUGCCAGGGGGAAGAGCUGCAGUCCGACCGGGAUGAGACCGGGGCCUACCUCAUUGACCGCGACCCCACCUACUUUGGGCCCAUCCUGAACUUCCUCCGGCAUGGCAAACUGGUGCUGGACAAGGACAUGGCUGAGGAAGGGGUCCUGGAGGAAGCGGAGUUCUACAACAUCGGCCCGCUGAUCCGCAUCAUCAAAGACCGGAUGGAGGAGAAGGAUUAUACCGUCACACAGGUGCCCUCCACAUCGCCUCUCUGCCUGCAGGUCCCGCCCAAGCACGUGUACCGCGUGCUGCAGUGCCAGGAGGAGGAGCUCACGCAGAUGGUCUCCACCAUGUCUGAUGGAUGGCGCUUCGAGCAGCUGGUGAACAUCGGCUCCUCCUACAACUAUGGCAGCGAGGACCAGGCGGAGUUCCUGUGCGUGGUGUCCAAGGAGCUCUACAGCUCCCCGCACGGGCCGAGCUCCGAGUCCAGCCGCAAGACCAAGAGCACGGAGGAGCAGCUGGAGGAGGAGCAGCAGCAGGAGGAGGAGGUGGAGGUGGAGGUGGCACAGGUGCAGGUGGAGGCAGAUACACAGGAGAAAGCCCAGUCAUCUCAGGAUCCCGCUAACCUUUUCUCCCUCCCACCACCGCCUCCUCCUCCUCCUCCGCUUCCCGCUGGAGGUCCUGCCUCAUCUUCAUCCACCUCUUCUUCCUCCUGGAUCUCAUCUACACCCUGCCUCUUCCCUCUCUGCCCCUGUCCGGGUUUUCUCUCUGCCUGCUCACGCCUCCAUCCCGGGGCCACCUUGGUCCCAGCCUCCUGCGCCCUCCACCCAGGCGCCACGGCCCUGCAUCCCAGAGCAUCCUGCCUGCCGCAUCCUGCAUCCUUUCUGGUACCUCCUGCCUCCCGGCCAGGGGAGGAAGGGCACAGCUGCACCUCCUCUGUGCCCACUGACCCUGCUGGGCACGUCUGAGGCUGGGCCGCCCUGCUCCAGCACCUCACCUCCUCGCCUCCUCCUCACAUUUCCUCCUUGCAGGUUCCCGUCUGCACCCCCUCAGACCUGAGGCUGUGCUUGCAGUAAGGGCUUCUCCUCGGCCCCUCGCCCACCCCCAGAGAUGCCAUUCCUGGUUUGUAGCUUGGUGGAGCUGGAGGGAGGAGCGAAAGCCAGGAGGGUGCUCACCUCUCCUUCCCUGGACUUGAGCCGAACUUCUGGCUGACUUUCUCCCCUCACCAAAGUUUCUCAGCCUCUCUUGGCCUUGAGUGUGAGGCACUGAGACAAGACGAAGGGGCAGGAAUUCUUUCCCACCUGCCCAUCAGCACCAGAGCCAGGCUGGGAAGGAGGGAAGGGAGACGGAAGCCAGGUGCCCUGGACUCAUCCUGCAUGUCCAAGAGCUCCUGCGUCACAGCCUCAUGGCACUGGGUUCCCUGUUUCUGCAAGGGUGGGAAGGACAGGCCACACUUGGAUUCCCCGGGUUUACGAGGAGUCAGCUAGAGCUGGCUAAGGAUUGAGGUGUGGCAGAAAAAACCCUGGCCAGGUGCCCACUCAAUCUUACCUACCUGCUGUGUGACCUUGGGCAAGUCACUGUCCCUCUCUGGGCCACAGUUGCCUCUGAAAUGAGGACAAAUAGCUGCUCUCUGGGACCUUUUGCCUGAGACAGUGGUGACCAGCCUCUCUUGGCCUUGACCCCCGGCCGGAGUCCUGGCAGAAUCUGGCCUCCUAGUUGGCCACCACUGGACCUGAGAUGGGGCUUGGGGCUCCUGGACGGGUGAGCUGGGUUCCCUUCCCGCUCCCCCUCCUCCUCAGCUCUGAAUCCACUUUUUCUGGGCCUUAGCCCCCCUCCUUCCUCCCAGAAAGGACCUUGUGACUCACCGACCUCUUUCUCUCUCCCUCUCUCCCCCACCCCGCCCUCCCUCCAUUUCAAUCUCCUCUCUGCCCUUCUCCUGGCCCUGCAUUACCCCCUCCUCACUGGUCCCCCCAUCCCCCUCCCGGUGUUCUGACCACUCCCCACCCCAUCCCCCUGCCCCCUCUU